GGAACGCUUCCUGUUGUGAUUAGCAGUUGUACUUGGGAGGUGUGUGGGAAGCUCAGAAUGAUUAAAGAGUUUUAUUUACAUAAUUAGCGAUAUCCUCUGUGGCAGCGUCAGCCAGGACACAGCUGCUUCACAUGCCUCGACAUGGACAACCGCUGUUUCGGCUGCGCGUCAAAGUUCAGUCUCUUCAGGAAGGAGCUGGGUUGUAAGAACUGCGGUCGCUCCUUCUGCUCAAACUGUCUAAAUUUCAACGCGGUGGUGCCUCGCUGUGGCAACACCCAGCAGAAGGUGUGCAGGCAGUGCCAUGGCAAUCUGACAAGUGGAGGAGCUCCAAACAAUGGCGGCAGAUGGUCCCCUCCGGAAAAUUACAAAAAGCGGGUUGCUGCGUUUGAGGCUAAACAGCAAGGGCAGACGGCACAGCCCCUUGCACAUGCAGGCAGCAGAAAUGCAAAGGCAAGCCUUGUGCCAACUAAAGGCCUGAGUAAGGAAGACAUGGAGAUUGCUGAGAGACUUCAUAGGUUGAAGAAAGACACUAAACCAAAGUCCAUCCCGUCCGAGAAGGAGAUUGAGUCUCGCCUUGCUGCUUUGAAAGCUCCCAGCCAGCCAGUGCCUUCUGCAGGGGAGAUGGAGGACCGUCUGGCAGCUCUACAGGGUCGACCUCCACCUUCUCAAGCCCCUCCGCCUGUGCAUCAGCCUCCAGAUACCAGGACACAGACAGAGCAGGCCAGUGAUCUGAUCGCUCAGAUGACAGAGGAGGUUGCCAUUGACAAUCAACAGCCAAACCCUGAAUGCGUGGAUGGCCCCAUGAACAACCUAAACAAGGGGGAGGAGGGCAGACUGGAGGAGAAUCUGGACGAGGGCCAGGAGGCGGUCAGGCAGCUGGAGGCUGAGAAGAAGCGUCUGCUGGACGAGGCCAUGGAGGAGCUGAAGCAGGAUCGCUUCUCCCAGGAUCAGGUCCUCCAGAUGGCCAAGAGGCUGGCCCAACUCAAGGGGCAGGACCCAGACAAAGUCACUAUGGAGGACUUCGAACAUCCUGACAGUGAGGAGGAGACGGAGGAAGAGGCUGUGAAGAGAGUAUUAAAACAGCUCUCCGAAGAGGCUGCGCUGGACGAGGCCAGUGGCUACAACAUACCUUUAGAGCUCAGCGGUCCCAAGAACACAGAGAAGAAGGCGACCUCCAAGAAGCCAAAACCAGCUCCAGCACCCAAGACCAGGCACCCAGCAGCUGCCGUGGACCGGCACGCAUCAGACAGCGACGAGGACGAGCUUCCCUGGUGCUGCAUCUGUAACCAAGACGCCACCCUCCGCUGUCACACCUGUGAUGGAGACUUAUUCUGCAGCCGCUGUUUCAGGGAAGGCCAUGAUAAAUAUGACAGGAAGGAGCACCGAACCAGCAACUAUACCGCACCCAAGAAGAAGAGGAAGACAUGAUAGAGAGACUGCAGGUGCUGCAUUAGCACGUCCUGGUCAAGAUAAAUUUAGCAGAGCUCCAUUUAUGGAAGUCAGGAGGGAAAAAAAAAAACAAA